AUGGCGAGCAAGCAGGAGCCACACGUUGUUGCUAUUGUUUCCCUUAAGGACGCUGGCGACACCAUCCGCUUGUUCACGAUGAUGUCAGCAUUGCGAGAUGCUUGCCCUUCGGUUAUCGACCUCAAGGUCGACUUUUUGUCAAGCGGCUCAAUAUUCGAAUAUUUUAGCAGCGAGGCGGCGGAGGGUGUCUCCGUUGCACACAAUCGUGGGUUAGACUUCCCUGAGUCUUUCGGCUCAGCGGAUAUCGUCAAGACAUUUUUCGAAGGUGAACUCGAAGCGUUCAGGACUCCGAGCCCUACCAUCGUCUUUCACAGGAUGUGGGCUCCGGCUUCCAUUGCAGCACGAUUGCUAGGUAUACGCACGGCUAACUUUUUAACGGUACCCCUGCACGCAGGUGUACAGACCAUCGUGCAAUGUGUCAGUCUGCUACUGAUGAAUGCUCUUACAUUCGAUCAGGAGCACCUAGGAGCGGCUGCUUCCGCCCGCGGGUGGUCCGUCGAAGAACCAAUCUCUCCAUUUGAUAUGACUCUGGCGGAUGUUAGCCUUCUCAACGACCAUCCAACGUUUCAUCAAGACUAUCCUCAGCAUUUGUCGAAGACCAUGUUUAUUGACCAGUAUAUUGUCUCCGAAGCUACCAAAGCAUUGCGAAUGGAUCCAUGCGACGGAUGGAACGCUUCGAUUCUUGCCUCGCCUUCUAUCUGCUCAAUCAACAAAGCAUUAGAGAUGCCACUUUUACUUAUGGUGGAUAGGGAACAAUGCAAUCCUAUCGUUGCUGGGAUGCCUCUUGUUAGCGUUGCGUUGCAGAUCGAGCAGCAGACAAAUUUAAAUAAUUUGAUGGACGCUGGUUCUGCCAUUCGAAUUCAACAGCACUGGCAUGCAGCAAACAUUCAUGAUGCUGUGCUUGAAGUGUUGAGUGAUCCCAGUGACGUCGCACACGGGCGAAUCGCUGCAGAGAGAAUCUGGGAAUUCAUUCCUAAAGAGCAACUUCCACCGGUUAAGGUGGAGUGA